AUGAUCUCGGCGAGGAGCGGCAGAGCUCUGUUGCCGCUCGUGACGGCCGUGCCCUCUCUGGGCGCCGGCCGGCUGGCCGCCGGCGUAGCCCAGAUCCGGCCGGGGAGGGGCAGCGGCCUCGUCGAAGGCGGCGUGCUCAGAAACCUACAAAGGAGAUAUGGAACAAAUUAUGCUGAACAGAGGGCAUGGGCCCGCUCUGCAACUGAUACUAUUAUUAGAGACCUUAAUGACGAGAAAGCUAUACGAGAGUUUGAAUCGCAGAAUCCCUCGCACUCAGCUCUCGCCAAGUACAUCAAAGCCCUAAUCAGUGCCGAGUUGACAACUCGAGGUGGCGUGCCCACAAACCUACAAAGGAGAUACGGAACAAAUUAUUCUGAACAGAGGGCAUGGGCGUGCUCUGCAACUGAUUCUCAUAUUAGAGACCUUAAUGACGAGAAAGCUAUACAAGAGUUUGAAUCACAGAAUCCCUCGCACUCAGCUCUCUCCAAGUACAUCAAAGCCCUCAUCAGUGCUGAGUUGAAAACUCGAGGAGAAACUGCUAAGUCAGAACAGGCCGACAGGACGCUCAAUUUUUUUAACAAGUUGUUUUCUUCAAGAGGAACUUCUAAGUCAGAACUGGUCCACCCAUGCAAACCAUUUGACACCUAUUUUUGGCUUCUUAUGGGGAUCAUUGCAUUUUAUGGCCUUGUGAUCUAUGGUAUGCUUAACAGAUCGGAUAAGCUAGGCACGGAUGAAGAAUAUCGCAAAUCUUUUAUCAAAGUGUCGGAUGAUUUGAACAAGGAGGGCACCGGAAAAAGCCGUAACCUGGAUGAAGUGAACAAACUGUUGGAUGAUACGAUCAAAGCCGUGGAUGAUUUGAAGAAGGCGGCCGCAAAUUCAAGCACGAAGACCAGUGGUGUCAGUGGAAAAGGUGGUAAAUUCAAUGAUUUGAACAAAGGGACCACAGAUUCACGCAGGAAAUCCAGUUAUGUUGACGCCAAAAAAGGUAGUGUGUCCAUGAAAUCAACCACGAGAUUCCGUGAUAUCAAGGGAGUUGACGAAGCAAAAGCUGAGCUCGAGGACAUAGUUCACUACCUAAGAGAUCCCGAGCGUUUCACGAGCCUUGGUGCAAAGCUUCCAAAGGGUGUUCUGCUUGCUGGCCCACCAGGCACAGGGAAGACCAUGCUGGCAAGAGCUGUGGCCGAGGAAGCCGGCGUCCCAUUCUUUGUGCGCUGCGGCAGUGACUUCGAGGAGAUGUAUGUGGGUGUUGGUCCUAAAAGAGUGAGGGAGCUCUUCAGUGAAGCAAAGAAGCAAUCCCCUUGCAUAAUAUUCAUCGAUGAGAUCGACACGAUUGCUGGGCAAAGGCAACUAGGUGACAGAAAUGGGGCUAGGGAGACUCUGAACCAGCUGCUCGUUGAGAUGGAUGGCUUCAAGCAUAAUGACGGCAUCAUUGUUCUCGCAGCGACCAACUUCCCGCAGUCGCUAGAUAAAGCCGUUAUUAGACCCGGGCGUUUUGACUGUCAUAUUCAGGUUCCUAAUCCAGAUGUCGAGGGCCGGCGGCAGAUCCUAGAGGCUUGUGUGUCAAGGGUUAAAGCCAAGGGUGUGGACCUGAUGACCAUUGCGAAUGGGACACCGGGAUUAUCAGGUGCAGAACUGACAAACUUGGUGAACGAUGCUGCUCUGAAGGCUGCCAAGGAUGGGUCAGAAGCUGUUACGAUGGAUCACAUUGAAUAUUCCAAGGACAAGAUCAUGAUGGGUUGCGAGCGCAAAUCGGCGGUGAUACCUGAUAACUGCAGGAACAUGAAUGCGUACCACACGGGAGGGAGGGCCCUUGUUGCUAUCCACACGGAUGGCGCUCACCCUAUCUACAAGGCUACCAUUAUCCCGAGGGGAAACUCUCUUGGCAUGGUGAUCCAGAUGCCUGAGGAAGAAGAUGCCUAUAAAUUCUCUAGGACGAAGAUGCUGGCGAAAUUGGACAUCCUCAUGGGCGGCAAGGUGGCCGAGGAGGUUAUAUUUGGAGAGAGUGAGGUGAGCUCUGACGCCUUGUCUGAUAUAAGAGAAGCGACUCGGCUGGCAACAGACAUGGUUACCAAGUAUGGCAUGAGCGAGCGUGCCGGCCCUGUUUGCUACGACCACAAAAAUGAUGGGACACAGAUGAAAAGCUUGAGCUGGCAUGCGACAGGCCUGGUUCACGAGGAGGUGAAAAAAUUACUGGUCAAAGCAGAAAAGAAUGCGAAAAAGAUUGUCACGGCGCACCGCAACGAGCUUAAUGUGCUAGCCGAUGCCCUUCUCGAGCACGGGACUCUCACUGGAGACCAGAUCAAACAGUUGGUAAAUGUCCUUAAAAUUGGUAGCAAUACUCAGAAUCAGGAAACAGCUUCUUCAUGAUAGCGGUAGCAGUGGAGAUGUAGAAUGGUUUGGCCGACCUAUGAUGCAAUUUCUUUUUCUUUUGAUUCCUCUGGUUUUUGUUUCUCUUUUACGAAGGAAAAUGCGGCGUGUUUUUUGGGUUGACCUAAAAGCUUAAUGGUUUCGUAGAAUAGUUGCACGCGCACAAAUGUAAAGAAGAUGCGCACAGUCUGGAUUCCUCUUGUUUUUGUUUCUCUGUUAUGAAGGAAAUGCGGCUUGUUUUUUUGGAAUACCGUGUUGUGAAUCUGUAAA